ACCAGGUUGAUUCAUUCAAACACCUCAGCACCACUAUUUCAUUGUCGCAAGACGAACGCCCGGCAUGUCACAUAAAAGAUUUAUGACAGCUCAACCAAAAGUGGCUUACCCCAUUGUAAAUGCCUCUGUCUGAAUGAACGAGGUCAGAAUUAUAUAAAGUUUGAAAACUUGUGCAGUGAGUGGGUUGUUUACAUUGUCUGGGGUUAUUAAUUGGCAAAAACAACUGUCUGAUUGGGCAACCCGUACGCUGCUGGUUUGUGUUCAUAAACCGUUUCAGUAAGCAUGACUCAUCCAUACGAGACCUGAAUUAUUUUAUAUCUAUAAACAUCUUAGAGCACAGAUGACGUCAGAAAGCCCAGGUCAGUGUAGGAAACUGUGAGACGGAGAGACAAACAAACGUGAUGUGAUGUCUAACUCGUCUGUUUGACAUUUUCUCGCUGACCAUUUGCAGAGAAAUUUCGUUACUGACAAAGAUUAGUUUAUAGACUGCGGAAUCCAGGUCACCAUGCAUCGAAUAAUUGCACUGGCGUUAGUUUUAAUUCAGUUUACAACCCUGCAAGUUCAAGGCCUUGGAGAAUAUAUGACCAUUUACAGUUUGGUGGAUAAAAUUGACGAUAUAAGACGCAAUGAAUCGCUACGAUUGGAAACUUGUGAGAUAAUUCAUAAAAACUACACGGCUGCGUGGUCAAGUGGGGGGAACUAUAUUUCGGAAUAUCUCUCAAUAAUCGAGGAUCUCAACUGCACGUUCUUCAAGGAAGAAUGCGAGCAACGAGUUUACGCUUUCACCACGUUUUCAUCUCUACAUUAUGAUAGAUCCUGCAACAGAAGCAAGUUCGAGUCGCAAUGUUUUUCCACUCUUUUUCUUGCGUCCUCCGCCAGAGGAACGAACAUUUCGAACUGGAAUGAGCUCCUCCGUGAUCUAAGAACUCUUUCCCUUACCAACGAGGAGUUAUACGAUCCCUGCAUCCAAGUUGCUUUGUACGACGCCGCAGUGCAGGAACGUGGAAAGUACGGAUACUACCAUGAGAUGAAGAACGCAUUUGCUCCGUUUUGUGGUUUAACAUGGUGUGGAUUCGACGCUGAAAACUUGAACAAAAAUCCGCUAUCUAUUUGGUUUUGUAUGGCAAGCGGUUGCAAAUCCAAAACGUUUGCUUUGAUGGCGAUAUGUGGCGUUUUAGCACUCGUAACUUUUUGUGUCAACCUGACCGUCGUGUUCGUAUUCUUGCUCAACGAUAAGUUGCGAAACAGCCAGGGAAUCUACAAAAUGUCACUUGCCUCAUCGGACGUGGUUGUUGGGGCUAUAGUUAUUCCGAGCUUUGCAAUAACUAUUUUUCUAUUCUCGGUGAAACAAGAAACCAUGGGAGCAGCUUAUACACAACGUAUUCAAAUGAACGUUUCGAAUUCGAGUGAUAGAUACGACUCAGUUCCUCACUUGCCGGGGGGCUACCUUGAUAAUAAGUUGCCACCAAGUUACAGAAACGCAAUCGGGUUUUUCACUUUCUUAUCUUUGACAGUUUCAGUGUACACGCUUCUAUUAGCUGGUUUCGACAGGUUGGCCGUUGUGAGAAAACCGUUAAAAUAUUCAAGGGACACUGCAAAGAAACAGGCGGUAAGAGCAACAACUUGCAUGUGGGGUUUCACCAUUAUCAUCAGCUGCUUGCCGUUCUUCAUUGAUACUUUAAACUAUGGCCUAGUCGCAUCUACGCUAAUUUCUGUAUACGGAUUGUCAGCAUUGUACGUUUACAUCGUCGUUUUCAGUCUCCCGUUGCUGGUGAUUUGGAUAACCUCAAUCUCAACCUUGGUCCUUACCCGAAGCCACUCAAAAACCGCGAGAUCAAUGAUGACGGGAACUAUGCGAAGUCAAAUACCGAGCACCGAGUAUCGUUUAGCGCGAACACUUGGUUUGAUGGUCGGUGUGUUUACACUUAGCUUGCUGCCAGUUCUAAUCGUAAUUGUCGCUUCCUUCUUCAUUUCCGGCUUAAAUACGAGAGAUCCGGAAAAUCUUAACCUGUUCAAUUCACAAGCAUAUUCGUCUGCUGAGUUCACCGCCCUCUUAAUAUUGGUGUGCAACAGUGUGUGGAACUUUUUCAUUUACAGUGGAAGAAACAAAGACUUUAGAUUAGCAACCGGCAAUAUGUUUAAUAGACUCGCAACUAAAGUUGGGUUGGCCAAAUGCGCUCCGCGUCUCAGCCGCGCCAUCAGGCGGACGUUUUCAUCUAGCAGCAGCAAGAGUCAUGAGCAAGGAAGUGGUCGUCACCAAAUGACAGAUACGGACGAGACUCGCAGAACCUCUUUACAAAGUACAACAAACAAACUUGAUAUCACAAAUACCACAAGUCGCGCCUCUAUCGAUUAUACAGUGUAACUAUAAAUAGGCCUAUAUGUACCUUGUAUAAGCUGACACGAGGUGUACGGAACAAAAAAACGUAUUAUAACUACCGUGGCUUUCCGGCCACACUAGGAUAAAACAAGUUACAUUCAUUCAUAACGUAUGUGAACAUAAAUAUUCUACAUUGAAACGGACAUUUUUAGACUUUAUGAAUCGUGACACUGUGUUAAAUGCCUAUUUAAAUCGUGACUAAAUUUAAACGGUUAAAGCAAUAUUGCGUAACUGGAAAUAUUUGUAUUAAAUGUUGUGAAAGUAUCGUAUUGUUAAA